AAAACAAGGCUGUUUAUUUCACCUGGGUGCAGGCGGGCUGAGUCCGAAAAAAGAGUCAGCAAAAGGUGGUGGGAUUAUCAUUAGUUCUUAUAGGUUUUGGGAUAGGCGGUGGAGUUAAGAGCAAUGUUUUGGGGACAGGGGGCAUAUCUCACAAAGUACAUUCUCAAGGGUGGGGAGAAUUACAAGGAAUCUUCUUAAGGAUGGGGGAGAUUAUAAAGAAACUUCCUAAGGGUGGAGGAGAUUACAAAAUACAUUGAUCAGUUAGGUUGGGGCAGAAAUAAAUCACAAUGGUGGAAUGUUAUCAGUUAAGGCUAUUUUCACUUUUUUUGUGGAUCUUCAGUUGCUUCAGGUCAUCUGGAUGUGUAUGUGCAGGUCACUGGGGAUAUGAUGGCUUAGCUUGGGCUCAGAGGCCUGACACCCUUUUGAAAUGCUACAAAGAUUCUGUCAAUUUAGUGGUCUCCCUUACUCUUGUAAGCCAACUUUGCAUUAUCCACAGGAAGUCAGCAGUGACACUGGAUUAAACGCUCCUUGAGGGAAGGCACAGUGCUUGGUAUUUAUUCUCCCACCUUCUCUGGGUGAUCAAACAUUGAUGGAAGAGGAAGGUAAACGAGUUCUCAAAGAGUGAGAGGAAAAAUGUCCUGAGGAUCAGAGGAGAGCCUAGAGCAGGCGCAGUGGGGCUGAAGGUAAGAGCUCUUGUUGCAGAAAUUGGAAAUUCUGCGGUUGGAACAAAUCUCCCCUUUCUCUUGGUUUUAUUCAGUCAUUACCUCUACUUCACACCUGGUACUCAGCUGACGUUGUUUUAAAUAUUAAAAAAAUAAAGCAUUCAAGCUCACCCCAACCACUUAACUUCAUUACUCUGUGAUCUUUUUUUUUUUUUUUUCUGAGACGGAGUUUCGCUCUUUCGCCCAGGCUGGAGUGUCCUGGCUCCAUCUCGGCUCACUGCAACCCCCCGCGGGGUUCAAGCUAUUCUCCUGCCUCAGCCUCCCGAGUAGCUGGGAUUACAGGUGUGAGCCAUCACACCCGGCUACUUUUUGUAUUUUUAGUGGAGACGGGGCUUUCACCAUGUUGGCCAUGCUGGUCUCGAACUCCUGGCCUCAGGUGAUCUGCCCGUCUCGGCCUCCCAAAGUGCUAGGAUUACAGGCGUGAACCCACCACGCCCGGCCCUUUGUGAUCUUUUUGAAGUGGUCUUUGCCUCAUUCUUGAAGAUGCCCAUAAUAAUGGCUAGAGGGGCUAUUACUGUAUGUCUGGUUCUCAUCGAGAUGGUGAUGAAGUCAUUGAAAAAAUAUGCUGACCUGCAUCUCUAAUUUCAUAAAUACUUAAAUUUCACAUAAACACUGAAAAGGCUCCUCGGACUCAAUAAGCCAUGAUAAGUAAUGUAAGUUUGCUUUUAGCCAAGAACUGGGCCCAAGAAGGUACCCAUCCACCUUUCUACGUUUCACAGUGCAUCCCUUCCCAAAUUCAAAUUGUCCUAUCCCAGUUCCUGCAACAAGCCAGGUACUCUGGCCUCCCAGUCUUUGCUCACUCUGUUCCCUCGGCAGAAACACCCUCCCCACCUCCUGGUUAUACCCGCUGCUCCCGGAUCCAGCUGAAAGGCCACCGUGGCGACCACUCCUAAAAGCCUUCCUCCAUACUCUGGCAGAAUGAAUGACCUUAGUACUUGGCCUCUAACGUGUCUGUCUUGUGCUCGGGCUGUCCCCUUCCAGCCAAUCCAUCUUAAGGUCCAGCCUUCCUGGAGACUGAGGCCUCUUCCUCUCGGAUUGCCCAGUGCCUUGCACGUAGUAGGUGCUUAGUAAACGCUGGCACUGGGUUUGGUCACUUUGUUCCCUUAAUGCCAGGGCAGGUAGUGGAGCAGACGGCCCCAGCUGUCUUCCUCCCUGCCCGCUCGCAGGCAAAGCCCCCAGGAGACGCCUGACGAGCCGCGUGCCUUUCCCACCGCCUCCGCGGCGCGCGCAGCCCAGUCACGGGCGCUGGAAAUUCCGGCGCGUGCGGGCGCGCUGGGCAGGGCGGGGGCGGGAGAACCCGUGGAGUGAGCCUGUGACGUGAGGGGGCGUGGCACCGCGAGGUCCCGCCCCCUCUUCCUCGCCCUCUCUCGCGGGUCGGGGUUACAUGGCGGCGACUGCGGCAAAGCGAGAGCCUCGGAGACGCCGCUGCCGCCAGCACAGCCGGAGACCUGAGCCGACACUGGGGGCUGUCCGCGGGCCCCGCACUCUCUCGAUGAGUCGGAGAAGUCCCGUUGUAUCAGAGUAAGAUGGACGGUAGCUUUGAUUGUGAUUGUGGUGAGCUGGAGCCACCUGAUCACUAACAAAAGACAUCUUCUGUUAACCAACAGCCACCAGGGCUUCCUGUUGAAAUAAAUAUAUAGCAACAAAGGAAGAAAAGAAGCAAAACGGAAAUAGUGCUUACCAGCACCUUAGAAUGAUGCUGCUCAGGACCAGUCCAACACUGAAUGUAUCUGCACUGUGAGGAGAAUGUUCAUAGAAGCCUGUUGUGUGCAUAUUUAUUCACAUUUUUGUUAAAUGUUAAAUCGUUUAGCACGGUAAUCUGAGUGCACAGUAUGUCAUUUCAUUCCGUUUGAGUUUCUUGUUUUCGUUAAAUGUCUGCAGAGUUGCUGCCCCUUUCUUGAACUAUGAAUACUGCAAUCUUUUUAAUUCUCAAUAUGAGUAGAGCUUUUUGAGCUUUAAAUCUAAGGGGAACUCGACAGGCCUGUUUGGCAUAUGCAAUGAACAUCAAGAAACCAUCUUGCUGUGGAAGCAUAAUUAUUUUUCUUCUCCCUUUUUGAAAGAUCUUUCCUUUUGAUGCCAGUUUUCUUCUUUGUUUACACAAGUUCAAUUUGAAAGGAAAAGGCAAUAGUAAGGGUUUCAAAAUGGCAGAGAAAUUUGAAAGUCUCAUGAACAUUCAUGGUUUUGAUCUGGGUUCUAGGUAUAUGGACUUAAAACCAUUGGGUUGUGGAGGCAAUGGCCUGGUUUUUUCUGCUGUAGACAAUGACUGUGACAAAAGAGUAGCCAUCAAGAAAAUUGUCCUUACUGAUCCCCAGAGUGUCAAACAUGCUCUACGUGAAAUCAAAAUUAUUAGAAGACUUGACCAUGAUAACAUUGUGAAAGUGUUUGAAAUUCUUGGUCCCAGUGGAAGCCAAUUAACAGACGAUGUGGGCUCUCUUACGGAACUGAACAGUGUUUACAUUGUUCAGGAGUACAUGGAGACAGACUUGGCUAAUGUGCUGGAGCAGGGCCCUUUACUGGAAGAGCAUGCCAGGCUUUUCAUGUAUCAGCUGCUACGGGGGCUCAAGUAUAUUCACUCUGCAAAUGUACUGCACAGAGAUCUCAAACCAGCUAAUCUUUUCAUUAAUACUGAAGACUUGGUGCUGAAGAUAGGUGACUUUGGUCUUGCACGGAUCAUGGAUCCUCAUUAUUCCCAUAAGGGUCAUCUUUCUGAAGGAUUGGUUACUAAAUGGUACAGAUCUCCACGUCUUUUACUUUCUCCUAAUAAUUAUACUAAAGCCAUUGACAUGUGGGCUGCAGGCUGCAUCUUUGCUGAAAUGCUGACUGGUAAAACCCUUUUUGCAGGUGCACAUGAACUUGAACAGAUGCAGCUGAUUUUAGAAUCUAUUCCUGUUGUACAUGAGGAAGAUCGUCAGGAGCUUCUCAGCGUAAUUCCAGUUUACAUUAGAAAUGACAUGACUGAGCCACACAAACCUUUAACUCAGCUGCUUCCAGGAAUUAGUCGAGAAGCACUGGAUUUCCUGGAACAAAUUUUGACAUUUAGCCCCAUGGAUCGGUUAACAGCAGAAGAAGCACUCUCCCAUCCUUACAUGAGCAUAUAUUCUUUUCCAAUGGAUGAGCCAAUUUCAAGCCAUCCUUUUCAUAUUGAAGAUGAAGUUGAUGAUAUUUUGCUUAUGGAUGAAACUCACAGUCACAUUUAUAACUGGGAAAGGUAUCAUGAUUGUCAGUUUUCAGAGCAUGAUUGGCCUGUACAUAACAACUUUGAUAUUGAUGAAGUUCAGCUUGAUCCAAGAGCUCUGUCCGAUGUCACUGAUGAAGAAGAAGUACAAGUUGAUCCCCGAAAAUAUUUGGAUGGAGAUCGGGAAAAGUAUCUGGAGGAUCCUGCUUUUGAUACCAAUUACUCUACUGAGCCUUGUUGGCAGUACUCAGAUCAUCAUGAAAACAAAUAUUGUGAUCUGGAGUGUGGCCAUACUUGUAACUACAAAACGAGGUCAUCAUCAUAUUUAGAUAACUUAGUUUGGAGAGAGAGUGAAGUUAACCAUUACUAUGAACCCAAGCUUAUUAUAGAUCUUUCCAAUUGGAAAGAACAAAGCAAAGAAAAAUCUGAUAAGAAAGGCAAAUCAAAAUGUGAAAGGAAUGGAUUGGUUAAAGCUCAGAUAGCGCUAGAGGAAGCAUCACAGCAACUGGCUGGAAAAGAAAGGGAGAAGAAUCAGGGAUUUGAUUUUGAUUCCUUUAUUGCAGGAACUAUUCAGCUUAGUUCCCAGCAUGAGCCUACUGAUGUUGUUGAUAAAUUAAAUGACUUGAAUAGCUCAGUGUCCCAACUAGAAUUGAAAAGUUUGAUAUCAAAGUCAGUAAGCCAAGAAAAACAGGAAAAAGGAAUGGCAAAUCUGGCUCAAUUAGAAGCCUUGUACCAGUCUUCUUGGGACAGCCAGUUUGUGAAUGGUGGGGAGGACUGUUUUUUCAUAAAUCAGUUUUGUGAGGUAAGGAAGGAUGAACAAGUUGAGAAGGAAAACACUUACACUAGUUACUUGGACAAGUUCUUUAGCAGGAAAGAAGAUACUGAAAUGCUAGAAACUGAGCCAGUAGAGGAUGGGAAGCUUGGGGAGAGAGGACAUGAGGAAGGAUUUCUGAACAACAGUGGGGAGUUCCUCUUUAACAAGCAGCUCGAGUCCAUAGGCAUCCCGCAGUUUCACAGUCCAGUUGGGUCACCACUUAAGUCAAUACAGGCCACAUUAACACCUUCUGCUAUGAAAUCGUCCCCUCAAAUUCCUCAUCAAACAUACAGCAGCAUUCUGAAACAUCUGAACUAAAACACUCAGCAGACAUUUAUCUUUGUAUUCUUCAUGAAAUGUGUUUUGUCUUUUUUUAUUACUAGUGUUUAAGUCAUUUUUUACUUGAAUCAGAUGGUGUCAUUUAGUAAGGAUUUUAUGAGUUCUUGUUUUUUAAAAUCCAAACUUUCUUUCUACAUGUGAGAUAGUUUUCAUUUUAACUGGCAUGUCAUUUGCACACAAAAAGACUAGAGCAAAAUAAUGCAAUGCAGGAGGAGAAAAGAAAUGCACUAAGACAAGAACAUUCUCUCAUAGAACAUUGAUCUGUUUUACAGGAAACAAACCUUGCCUUGAAAUUUACACAGUGAGACUGUACAUAAUUGCAUGAAAAUAGCUAUUUUUUUCCUAAGACAUUUUUCAUUCAUGAGUAUUUUCAAGUUUUUCAUACUGUACACAUUUCUUAAAACACAUGAUACCAGCAGCAACUGAAAAUGAAUGCCGAAUUUGGUACACAUGUGUUAUCUACCUCAAGGUAACAAGAGUAUGUGGCAAAACAUAUACCACCCAUAGUGCUUCACAAAAUGCACUUCUAUUUAGCCAGCGUUUAUUGUAGUAAACUAUUCUUAAUAAAACUCAUUCACUGUUUAUAAAUGUUCUGGUAUGCAUUCUUUAUAGUGAAGUGUUAAUACAUCACAUCUUAUUUAUUUUAGCAAAUCAGUAUAUUUUCUGUAUUUAAUUAUAAAAAUUAACUUAGUUUUUAAAAUUUAUUUGCAAAUAUACUUUUUCCAUUUGGCACUAUGGUUUGUUGCCUACCUAGCUGAAUCUAUAAUGUCAGCUUAUCCUAAGGCUGUCCACGUACUUAAUUUACUUAAGUGUUCAUUUUAAGUAACGUGCUCACUGUGUAUAGGAAUUUGUAUUUUGGAGGUGCUUGAUCUAUCUACAAAGAAAAAUUAAUUAGGAAUUACUUUAUUAUAAAAUGCUCCUAGAAGUCUUAAUUGUGUUUAUUUUUUAAAAAAACAAAUGUUAGACUUGUGUGCAUGGAAGUAAUUAAGGUACAUCAUUAUUGUAGUUUAAAAGUUGUACAUGAUAAGACAUUUUGUUUUUACUGUAUGUUUUUACUGAAUGAUCUAUUCCCCAUCCCAAGGCAAGCAUGAAUAAAAUUAGGUUAAACGUA